CGCCUCUCCAUCGCUGUCCCUCCCUCUCUUCUCUCUCAGUCAGGCAGGCUCCCUCCCUGCUUUCUGUUCCCUCCCCUCAUCUUUGAUUCGCGCUUGCCGGCUCACUCCCUGAUCUUUGUUUGCUCUUUCCUCUGUCAGUCACGCUGGCCGACUUCCUUCCUCCUUUCUGUUCCCUCCCCUCAUCUCUGAGUCGCGCCGGCCGGCUCCCUCCCUCCUCUGAGUUCCCUCCCCUCAUCUUGGGAGUCGUGCCGGCCGUUCCCCCCCCCGCUCAUGUUCACUCUCUCCUGUCAGUCGCGCCGGAAUACAGGAAUUCUUAGUUAUACAAACCCCCGGGUGAUCGUAUCAGAACUGAAACAGAAAGCGAAUACCGAACUACUAGGUAGGACGAACUAGACAAAGCCCAGCUGCCAUUUCUGUACUCGCGUAACCUAGCAACGCAGCUCAGACCAGUCGCCUUCCUUGAACGUCAUCACUUGGUGCCGUCCUUCUUACCAGCUGUUGGUUAGAGUUCCGGUGUGAGGUUGAAUGCUGCCAUCACGGGGACCUGGGCAUUAAAGGUAAGGAAGGGGUAACAGUGAGCUUACCUGCAAGCAGUCUGAGCUGUUUAGCUGGGGUUUUCCCCAUGGACUUUAAUUACUAUGAACCCCUCAACAGCAAGCAAGGGACAGCAGUGACCAAAGCAUGUUGGAAGGACAAUGGGUGGUGCUCUGUGUAUCUGCUCUCGGGGGUCCAUAACCAUAGAGAAUAAGCGCUAUUUCUUUGUGCAGAAGCUGGGUGAAGGUGGCUUCAGUUAUGUGGACCUUGUGGAAGGGGUGCACGAUGGGCGGUUUUAUGCCUUGAAACGGAUCUUGUGUCAUGACCGGGAGGACCGCAAAGAGGCCCAGCAUGAAGUAGAGAUGCAUCGGCUCUUUAACCACCCAAAUAUCCUGUCCCUGGUGGCACACUGCAUCAUAGAGAAGGGCCCCAAGUGGGAAGCCUGGUUACUGCUUCCCUUUGUCAAGGGAGGAACCCUGUGGAAUCAGGUGGAAACUCUUCGGGAUAAAAACAAUUUCCUACCAGAAGACAGGAUUGUACAUAUUCUGCACAGAAUUUGUUUGGGGCUGAAAGCCAUUCAUGACCGGGGUUAUGCCCACAGAGACUUGAAACCCACCAAUGUGCUGCUGGAGGACGAUGACCGGCCUCUACUCAUGGACUUAGGUUCUAUGAACCAGGCGCGUAUAGAAGUGAAGGACUCCCGUCAGGCCAUGGCUGUGCAGGACUGGGCUUCCCAGCGGUGCACUAUCUCUUAUCGGGCGCCGGAGUUAUUUCACGUCAGAAGUGACUGUGUGAUUGAUGAAAGGACGGAUAUAUGGUCUCUUGGCUGUGUGCUGUAUUCCAUGAUGUUUGGAGAAGGGCCCUAUGACAUGAUUUUCCAGAAGGGUGACAGUGUGGCCUUGGCUGUGCAGAAUAACAUUUCCGUCCCUGCAAAUGAGAGGUACUCCCAAGGCCUGCAGUCUCUCCUCUGUUCCAUGAUGGUGGUGAAUCAUCAGGAAAGGCCAUUCAUCUCUACAAUUAUAAAUCAUGUUGAGGCCCUGCAGCCCAUUGUGGAUGGACAAGCCACCACCAGGAUAUGAGAGCGGAAAAAUAAGAGAUGGGUAUGCUGCCCCUUUCUGUACUGCACUGCACCUCUGAACUUUCCUAGGACAGACAUUUAAACUGGAAGAAGCUUAUGGUCUCAGUGGGAGGACUUGGUCAUUCCAUAAGAUUAAACUGGGUCUUCUGUCAAGAUACAAAUCUUAUCACUUUUAGAGAAGUUUUUUCUUCUAUUUUUUUUACCUGAUUAAUUUUUUUGUGACUUCUGCAUGUUUUACAAUGGGUGCGUGUGAAACCCGACAGCAUUCCUACUUUGUUUUGACUGGAUGGCUAUUUUAGUACAGGUUCCAACAAGCUUGAGAAUUAGAAUUGUUUUUGCCCACCAGGAAACCCAAAGGCUGUUAUUCUCAGGCUCAACCCCCUGUCUCUGGCCUCUGAACCCCUCUUUAUCUGUGUGAUCAUUCAGAGCCACUUUUAUGUCCAAGGGACCAUGGUAGUCAUUAAACCAAUAAAAAUCAUGGUUUUAUUUUAA